UAGAUCCGUUUACAGCCCUAGAUGUGUGAGAUGUGAGGAGCGUUCGAUGAGGAAGAGAUCCGGAGUCCUCUUACACACGAUUUCGCUAUCGCUCUCGCGCUGCGUCGGGACACUUCAGGGCGCUUUCUCUACAAGAAGCAGGGGCGCCGGCUUCUUUCUUUUGCUUCCAAUCCCUACUUCGUAACUUCGGUUAUAGAGAGAGAGCCGAUACCGGAGGCGGAGGGAGUACAUACACCUCUCUCUCUCUCUCUCUCGAUCCUUAAGAGCACCGCCGCUUUCUGUGUGAGCAACCAAGCUUCAAUCAAUGGCAAAGAAGAGAAGUAGACAACAACAUCAGCAGCCGUUUCUCGCAGAUGAAUCCACUGCUUCAAAGAAGCGACCACGAUCGCCCAAACAACACCAGAAAGAAGAGAAGCUCAUCUCGUCUGGUAUGAGCUCUAAAAUUUUGAAAGAAGCCCUGAUUCAGCAAAAGGAAAUCCAAGAUGAGGCGGAAGGCCAGAAUCCUAACUCUUUCUCAGCCAUAACUGAAGAACCGAAUGCGGCUUUGGACGAUGCCGGAGAAGAAGACAUUGACGCCUUCGACGGCUUCUCAGAAACUCUAAGUCAAUAUGGUGCUUAUGAAGAAGAGAUCGACGAAGAUGAGGAGAGACUGUUGGAGGCGUUUAUGUCGAAGGACGCCAAACCACAAUUUACAUUGGCGGACCUCAUCAUUAAGAAAAUCAAAGAAAAAGAUGCAGAGGUCUCUUCAGAAGCACGGCCCCUUCCUAAAUUGGACACAAAAAUCAUAGAUUUAUACAAAGGAGUUGGUGAAUGGCUUAGUAAGUACACAUCUGGUAAAAUGCCCAAAGCAUUUAAACAUAUUGCCACAAUGGAACUCUGGGAAGAUAUGCUAUACUUAACUGAACCUGAGAAGUGGUCACCUAAUGCGAUGUACCAAGCCACAAGAAUCUUCUCUUCCAACAUGGGCGUAAAGAAGGCCCAGCGCUUCUACAAGCUUGUCUUACUCCCAAGGAUUAGAGAAGACAUCCGAAAGAACAAGAGACUCCAUUUUGCUUUAUAUCAAUCAUUGAAGAAAUCUCUUUAUAAGCCAGCAGCUUUCUUCAAGGGGAUCUUGUUUCCACUAUGUGAGUCAGGAACUUGCACUCUCAGGGAAGCUGUCAUCAUUGGAAGCAUUAUCCAAAAAGUCUCAAUUCCAUUGCUUCAUUCAAGUGCUGCACUAUUGAAGAUCGCAGAGAUGGAGUAUUGUGGCACAACUAGUUAUUUCAUCAAGCUUCUCCUGGAAAAGAAAUAUGCUUUGCCUUAUCGUGUACUUGAUGCUGUUGUUGCUCAUUUUAUGAGAUUCCUUGAUGAUACAAGGACGAUGCCUGUAAUUUGGCACCAGACACUUCUUGCAUUUGUUCAGAGGUACAAAAAUGGACUAAAGGAGCAGGACAAAGAUAAUCUUGAACGUCUAAUUCAGUACCAAUAUCAUCAUUUGGUUACACGGGAAAUCCGUAGGGAGCUAAAAGCUUGCCGUGAAAAGGAAUCUGAUCCUAUGUCACUUACAUCUCCUGUUGCCAUAAUUAAUAAAACAAUUGAAGAAGACAGGUUUGAUAUUCCAGAGGUUCCCAUGGAAGAGGAUUGAAUUGUUUGAUAAAUUGCUACAGACAUCCAGGGUUUUAUUAAAUCUAGCAGGAUGAAGGAAAUGGAAAUACUAUUUUGGUCCAAUGUAUUGGGGAUAAAACAAGGUAUUGCUUUUUGCAGGGUUCUAUAAUUAAGUUCAUUUGAGUUAAAUAGACAUCCAGAGCUUAGCUGUGCGGUUAUAGCCUGGAAAUCAGUCGCAUUGAAUACCACAAUCGUGAGACAAAUUUGUUUGAAAAUUUUGACUUUCUGUGGGGAGUAUUUUCCCUCUAAUCAAGUUCUAUAACCUAUAUGUAAUGCUGCUUGUAUGGAUGAUGAAAUACAUGGUAGAAAUUUUUUGAGUAUUACGAAGAAGUUUUACAAACAGAAAACACUUCAGAGAUAGAAAAGUUGGCACUCAUCUGUAUUCUCAUC